GCUAGAGAAUAAAAAAUAUGAUGUGAGAUGUGACUUCAAUUUCAAUGAUUAGGACUGAGUUCUUCCUCCAGAGUCCAGAUACUCUUUUGCCUCAUUGACCUUAGCUGCCAUAUAGGGGGAGCCCCCUCUAUCAGGAUGAUUCAAUAACAUUAUCUUCUUGUGAGCCUCUCCUAUCCUCUCCUUCCCUGACGACGGACUUAUUCCUGCUCGAAGAAAUCAAGACAGGCGAAUAAUAGCGCAUGCGUCAUUGUUACUACCGCACUAAACGCCGGCUACUGCUUGCAUAAAAAAAGCAAGCAGUAGCCGGCGAUUAGUGCUCUACCGAGUAUGAGACCGGCCUCUCUGCGACUCAUCUUCUUCGCGAAGCCGCCCUUGUAGUAGCUGGUGAACAUGGGGGACUUGGGCAGAGACGCGGCUCUCUUCUGGACCUCUCUCAGACUCCUCGUCAACACUCGGGCAGUCAGAGCUACUCCUGCCACACCAAGACCUGCCAGAAUAAGACUCGUCAUCUCCACGAGCUUUUUGUGAGGGUUUCUGACGCAACAGAAAAUUGACUUUCGCCAGGUUUUAAUGCCGAGUCAGCAGUUUCACUGCGCAUGCGUGUAUUGGUUAAGCUUACUUCUAAAUGAUGCCCACCUCGACGAUGGCUUGCGACGAGCCGUGGGAAGUUGAGCUACUGAAGCAGUUCCGCGGCUCUACCGUCUCCCUUGAAGAGUUGGGGUAUGCACGUCAGUCUGUCCUGGCAGCCUCGUGGUUCGUGUCAUCACACUCCCCCCACCCACACCCCGACGUGUGCCUGUGCGGCGGAGAGGGACGAGUUGGGCGGAGUCUCGUGAGGCAGUGGGUGGAGUUCUACACGUCCCGGGUCCGUACCGAGUCUCAGUGGGACGCUCUGUCCAGAGAAAAGCUGGCCUCUGUUCUCCAGGACUUGAACUGUCACCUGACCACUCAAAUCUUCCUGACUGGCUACAAACUCUCACUAGCUGACAUUCUUCUCUACUAUGGUCUCCACAGAUACAUGGCAGGAAUCACAUUUGGGCAGAAGGCGCAGUAUGUUCAUGUCUGCCGCUGGUUUGAUCAGGUUGUCUUCUGUUCCUCCCUCUCUACCAGCCACCAGACGAGCAUCACAGCAGAAGACAUCAUCAGCACCCUGCAGGCUCUCAACAUGGUCAAAUACUGGAAGGGACAGCACAUCAUCUGUGUCACUGGCAAAAUCAUUGAGGAGCACAUGAGGAGUGCAGAGUACAGGAAGCCUCAGCUGACAGUGGACAGGGAGUACUUGAGGUGGAACCCUCACACCAAGAGACACAGAACUAACACUCACAAGAAACACUGACUCUCAUAAUCUCUCAUCUCUCACCUUCUGUCAUUAUCAUACAUGUUGCCAGCAGUCAACUAAAAGUGGUCCAUGAAGGGGGUUACAAUACUGACUUAGUCUCUGGUGUCAGAACACAAGCAGUGAGAGCACAACUCCCAGAAUCAAAUUUUUUCACAUGCAGGGGAACCGCACACUUGCACAUGUAGCUCAUAGUUAUUGAACAUAGUAUACUGGCUGUCUUACAGCACAGAUUACAUGACCUAUAAUUAUAGUGGAUGAGAAACAGAUGGAAAUUAGUCUUAU